AUGAAGCACUAUUUGAGGACACAGUGUCGUUCAGAUUUGAACGGAUGCGGAGGGGAGUGGACAGCUUCCUUUCGGCUUCCUGCAGAUUGGGCCAAGAACGGCACAGAAAAGGGAUUGUGGAAUCUCGAUGGCGAAUGCACCGAUUGUGAGGAAGCUUGGAGGCUUUCGCAGCUGAUGCCUGAAAUGGAGAAAUAUUAUGGUCCUGCUAGACCUGAGGCAUUGAAGCCAUUGACCGUCAUUCAGCGGACUUCUAAAGAGGUUGGGAUGAAGGCCGUGGAUGUGUUUAUAAGCCAUGCUGGGCCGGACAAGUGGACUAUUGCUAGUCCGCUUUUUGACAAACUACGAGGAGAAGGCUUUAGUUGCUUUUUGGACAAGAAAAGCAUGAAGGCAGGAGACUGCGCAUCGGAAGAAAUGAUCGCAGCUAUGGAGUCGGCCAAGAUUGGGGUCUUCAUUCUAUCCCCCGAGUUUGCUGCUAGAAGGUGGCCGAUGAAGGAAUUGCGAUGCUUUCUACGUCGAUACAGAGACGCGCAAAGCAGCGGAGCGACACUGCCGAUAUUGAUCCCUGUAUUUUAUCGGUUAAGAAUUUCAGAGUGCCGAAGUUUCAAGCCUGAGCAAUACGUGGAUGAGAAUGGAAGAGAUCUGUUUGAGGCAGAGAAGUUCUACACUGAAGAGAGACAAAACGAAGCGACAAUGGCAAUGGUGAAAGACGAACUGCGAGAGGUAACAACUCUCCUUGGGAUUGAAAACGAAGCAGCAUCAAAUGAUGUGCUCGAUCCACUUGCUUCUGGCUUCCGAAAAAUGUUGGUGGAGCGAAUAGUGUAUUCGGUCAAAGAGGCGCGUGAAGCGCGUCAGCAGCAGGAAGCGAAGGGCGUGGGUAUUCCGCAAACAGGUAGGGAAGGGGAUUGCAGCACUGUACCGAAAGGGUCAGAUGGAUUGAGAUUUCCAAAAUGGAGAAUUGCGGGAAGACUUCUGGCAUACAGCGCAGUAGUUUUCACAAUGGCAUACAGCGCAGUAGUUUUCACAAAUUUGUUCUGCUUCUCCUGCAACGAGUGAGCUCAAGCAGACUAUUGCCAAGAGGCAGCGCAGAGGCAUUGCAGAGGCAGUGCAAAGGCAGUGCGAGAAGUCUGGAGACGCAAAGGUAUGUGCUCGCCAUUGCUCCGACGCACCAUGAACUGUGAUGAGGAGGUGGGCCCACACGGUCGCCGCGGCCGCCGCUUUCACAUCCCGAGGCAGAAGAGUUGGAUGCGCAACGUCUAGCACCACCCGCGUCGAACUCAAAUUAGUCGUGUAUCGAACCUGCGCCACGAGCCUCCGUCUCAGCUCCGCGCGUAGAAGGGCCACUCCCGUAUCGCUCUGCCCUGCCUCACGACACCAAGGUCUCGGAAGAGCGCGCGCCUGACGAUGACAUAACUCCGCAACGGGCCUACCAUCUUGUACACCACAUCCCGAGAGAAACUCAGAGCUAUGUGGUCUUGUUAUUGAUUGUGUUCCCAGCGCCUUGGAUGCAUGUCCCACAUCUCCGCAAGACCAUUCACAGUUGUGGCGUCACGGCAAACACAAGCACAACACUUUGCAUCGUUCAGUCGUCCUCAUACCACCGAAGCCCUUCCCGUGCUUAGCAGAGAUCCAUGCCACCGCAAAUCCCCCUACCUUUUGCACUCGCUGCUCGCGCUUGGUAGACGCUUAUCACAACUGCAGGCACAGCUUUCUUCUGACUCUGGUAAGAUCGGGUUCCCUGGAAGCAGCCAAACGGAACGGCAGGCGUUGGGGACUUGCAGAACCAACCCGAGCUGCGUUGCUGCGGUACUGUAGUUUGCAUCUGAGAAGCGCUCUCUCACUUGAAGCGCAAGCGCAUCAACAAAGUGUGAAGGAAGAAGCGCUACCCUGUAGUGUCUGUCGGGCUGCUACAGUAGUCCUCAUAUGGGGACAAAAGUUAUUUUAUUUCUUGUAGACAACCCAAGGCGUGAUUUCAUUCCCGUGUUUUACAACGGGACAAAAGUUAUUUUAUUUUUUCUAGACAACGCAAGGCUCGAUUUCAUUUCUAUUUUUUAAAUCAGAAGGUCAUCGCCACAGGUAACGCAUUUGCUUGUCGAUUCUAGUAAAAACCUACUCGUUGAUGCAUA